AUUUUAUAAAAUGUGAUCUGUCUGUGAAUAAAGAUAAACUAAAAGGUGAAAUUAAAAAUUAAGAACGCUAAAUAUGGUAAAGAAGGGAUUAAAGGAGAUGAACUAAACUAGGAGGAAUCUUCAGAAGCUAAGAAUGAGAAGGGACAGGACGGAUAUGAUUCUCCUGGUUCUCCUGGUUGGGCUUAUUCAGCCGGGUAGAGUAACCUCCUUUGGUCUAACUACAUACGGAGAACAAUGUUUAGAUGCUUGCAGUCAGAGAGGGUUUCCUUUCGCUUGGUGCCAUAAACAGAAAUCUCAUAAUGGAACUUUUAUAGAUCGAGAUUACUGCAGUCCUGUGUACGGUACAACAAGAUAUUUGGAGACAUGUACAGAUUCAUGUGAGAGACGAGAUGGAAAACCUUUUUAUUGGUGUCAUACUUACACUACAUCAAGAGGAGACUGGGAUUACUGCUCCCCGUUCCUUGAUGAUUUCUGUUCCUGGGGGACCUGGAGUUCCUGGGGACACUGUUCCACAACCUGUGGAGCUGGAACUAUGGCUAGAAGGAGGCGUGUAGAAGGAUCUGAUGGCAGGGUAGGAAAAUGUUCUGGUGAAACUGAAGUAAUGUACCAGGGUUGCCAGGAUAAAGAAUGCUCAG